CAGCUUGCUCGUCUUGAGCGUAUCAAGAAGCGGUCUCGUCGCAAGCCAGCAGCCACCACCACUUCACCCAACGAGAUUAAGCACGAAUUAAAACAAGAGCCAUUUCCAACACUAGCUGGAGAGAAAGCCACAACUGAAUUUAACUCUGAUGAAUCGGCCAUCGCAAAAAAAAAAUUCCUAAAAACAAGGUGUAAUGGCAUUACCAAUCCGCCUAAGGCAGACGAUAGUACCAGCCAUCUUGAUAACACCAUAGUAUUAUUUGAAUCUAUAUCAGAAAUGUCUACAGCGUCGAGCCUUGAAAGCACACUUACAGAUGAAGAUCAAACAGCUUCGAGUAGUGACGGGGUUUUCGGGACGAAGAGACUCCUACAGUGA